AUGGAUCGAAAUUUCGUUUUGAUUGCUACAUUGAUCUGCAUUGUAGUCGCCGGUGUCGGUGGCCAAUCUCCGAUCUCAUCUCCGACUAAAUCUCCUUCUGCUCCAACUACUUCACCUUCUAAAUCACCCACCGUUACUUCUCCUACGGUGGCUCCGGUGAAAGCUCCGGCUUCUUCACCGGUCCAAGCACCGAAAACUCCGGCUUCUUCACCGGUGGAGACACCGAAAUCUCCGGCUCCGGUGACCUCUUCAUCACCACCGACUCCUGUUCCGGAGAGCUCUCCUCCAGCUCCUGCACCAAAGGCUUCUGCUCCGGUUAGUUCUCCACCGGUUCCAGCACCGGAAGCUGAUACUCCUUCGGCUCCGGUAGCUGCUCCGGUUGCUGAUGUACCGGCUCCGGCUCCAAGCAAGCAUAAGAAGAAGGCUAAAAAGUCUAAGAAGCAUCAAAGUGCACCGGCUCCGGCUCCUGAACUUCUUGGUCCACCUGCACCACCGAUGGAAGCUCCCGGACCUAACUCCGACGCAUUUUCUCCCGGUCCGUCUACAUCCGCCGACGAUCAGAGCGGAGCAGAAAGCAAUAGAGUAUUGCGGAAUGUAGCGGUGGGAGCGGUUGCAACCGCGUGGGCCGUUCUCAUUAUGGCGCUUUAA